AUGCCCCCUCAAACUGUCCAAGACCUCGCUCUUGCCAAGCAAGACCACCAAAAGGCGACUGCGAACAUGCGAGACGCCGAAACCAACUGGAAAAGACUGAAGGAGGAGGUGGACGUCCUUUUGGACAAGGUUUGGAGCUCAGAGAAGGAAUGCGCAGAGCUGGAAAAGGAACACAACCCUCGCUGGCAGGACAGUCAAACAGCACAGAUAUCAAGCCAGCUUUCUUUUCAUGGUGGUCCUCAAACUAUGUCACAAGGGCUAUCCUCCAAACCCAUCGCCCACCACACCGCCACCACGCUCACAUCGACAGAGGUCAUCCGAAGCCCUACCGACCUUCUCUCCUCGUCCAUCCUACAGCUCUACCAGGCCACCGCUUGGCCAGGAACAGCAUUAUCAGCGGGCGAGAUCUUCUUCAUUUCAUGGAUCAAACUUCCGACACCCUCCGCCUCCCCAGCCACCUUGGCAACAUCACCAGCGGCCGAUGGCAACUCCCCACCCCUUCGGGGCGAUGGAAACUUUCGAUUGGGUGUCUAUUCAUGUUUGCUAUGUUGCAAUUAA